GGCAGUAGCAAUAAAAUAGGCGCACGCCCAAUACAAACACACACACAAUGUUGGAUGAUGAUAAUAAUGAUUUGCUGGCUGCGGCUUCAGAGAUACAACGCAAUCGGUUAUAUUUUGUCACAUUCAAGAAAAACAUCAAACCAAAGAGCACCCCCAACACACACUACUUCAGCAUAGAUGAAGAAUAUAUUUACGAAAAUUUCUACAACGAUUUUGGGCCAUUAAAUAUUUGCAUGCUGUAUCGGUACUGUCAAAAAUUAAAUUCCAAAUUGACUGCUAAAUGUCACGCCAACAAAAAAAUCAUACAUUACACAACGCUCAAUGCGGCAAAGCGUCUAAAUGCCGCUUACCUGAUUGGCUCGUACUCGAUUAUCUACCUAAACAAAUUGCCGAUGGAUGCCUAUCGGCCGCUAGUCGCCGGCGACAUACCCGCCUACACGCGCUUCUGUGACGCCUCUUUUGGACCAAGUGGCUAUAAAAUUUCGCUAAUUGAUUGUUUGAAUGCUGUGUACAAGGCAUUGAAAGCUGGAUUUUACAGCUUCGACGAUUUCGAUGCCGAGGAAUAUGAGUAUUUCGAGCGUGUGGAAAAUGGUGACUUCAAUUGGAUUGUGCCACAGAAGUUCAUUGCGUUCUGUGGUCCACACCAGAAGUCAAAAACACUGCCGAAUGGUUACCCAUGCCACUCGCCCGAACGAUACUUUGAAUACUUUCACGAAAACAAUGUAACUACUGUGAUACGUUUGAAUGCGAAGGUUUACCAUGCGUCGAGUUUUGAAAAUGCUGGUUUCGAUCACAAGGAUCUGUUCUUCAUCGAUGGUAGUACGCCGAGUGAUUUAAUAUUGAAGAAAUUCCUCUCGAUAUGCGAGAAUACAAAGGGUGCUAUAGCAGUGCAUUGCAAAGCUGGUCUUGGUCGCACUGGCAGCCUUAUCGGCGCCUACAUCAUGAAGCAUUAUAACUUUACAGCGCUGGAAGCUAUCGCCUGGUUACGACUAUGUCGCCCAGGCUCAGUGAUUGGACAUCAGCAGCAAUGGAUGGAAGAUAAACAAACCUGGCUGUGGGCGGAAGGUGAACGCAUUCGCAAACGAUCCGGUUUGCAAUGUCCCAUCCACAAGUAUGGUAUUUACAGCAUUGCGCUCAAACAAGUCAUCUCAACCGGUGGUACACCGCUGACACAACCUAAAGAGAAUUGCGUAAAAGGUAUCUCACAGAAGGUAGAUACAAUGCAUCUGCACGAUAGCGAAGAGAUAUCUACGAAUGGCAAUGCAAAAACUGGUGUUACAACGCGUGCUCGCUCACCCAUCACCGCUAUUAACACGCCAGCGACGACGGCCUCGACGAAUAAUCGCCGCUCUAAGGAAAAGGCCGAUAAUAGUCGCAAUGCGAAUGUGAGCAGCGCCAGCGAUGAAGAUGCUACUAUUACCGAAGAGAAUGGUGAUGAUGAAGAUAACACAGAUAAUUCGAAUGCGACUUAUAUAGCAUCGACAAGGCGACGUAAAUCACCAACGAUACAUCCGGGCACUACACUUGCGCCAACCGUUACAAAUACGCUGUCGGAAGGCGGUAAGCCGCCUACACCACCGGUGCGACGCACUCCACCCAUUGCUGUUAGUGAGGCCAUUACACGUCUAUCGCCAAUUGGCAUUACUGAGCCACUUUAUGCAGAGAAAAAGAUUAAGAAACCCUGUAUUGGUUUGGAGGCAGCGCAGCGGCCGACAAUUGCUUCGACGGUGAAAAUGACUCAAGCAGCAAUCGAUAAGCAGAACUCACAGACACAAGGUGAUAAGUUGAAUCAGAUUAAAGCGUUGCGUCGCCAACAUCAGCAACAAACGCACCAGCCCACAGCAGUGCUGCAGCAGACGUCGGCGUUGCACCAGCAACAAUUGUCAAUGCAGCAUAAUUCCCGCGGCAACAACACAAAUGCGAAUUCAUACCCAUUGGAUUUCGAGCGUCACAUGCGCGCCCGUUCACAACCUUUCCGCAACAAUAUCGCCAACAUAAUGUCGAGCGCACAGGUUCCUACUGGCAUAACAGCACCGCCUACAUCCACCAUGCGCCAUGGUGAUUGCCAUGAUAUGGCCGCAGCAACAGCAGCAGCAGCGUCGGCAGCAGCCACGGCGGCGGCGGCAGCACAUGAAGCAAUGCUUGCAGCAACAGCGGCGCUCAACAACAAAAAUCUAUACAAUUGUAAUAAUCGUUUUGUUUUUAAUACACGUUAUCACAACAACAACCACAACAACAUUAACAAUAACCAUAACACACGCACUAAUAAUAACCUCAUUAACCUUCUAACAAUAGCCACACAUACAACAACAACAGCAACAACGGCAGCAGGAACUAGUGUGCCAGUCACACGUGGAGAGGGCGGCACUGUUGUAUCGACCACAGCGGCGGCUACAACAGCCACAACGUUGCCGCCCGGAGGCGGUGGCAGUGUGACGACGCGUGCGCGGAGUCUAGCCAUCUAUAGCAAGAGAAUGGGGUUUAUGCACUUACGCAAAGCGGAAACACAACAGCAACAACAGUUGUCCAAUAGCAAUAACAACAACAGCGCUGGUGGAAUUGUAGCAACGGCCACAACGAGCAGCGGCUGCACCUUGCCGCAUCAUCAUCAUCACAAUGUAACCGCGCCCACGCUGAGUAGCCUCAAUAAACAAACCAAAACACACAACAACACCUUGAUCAGUUCGACAUCAAAUGUCGUGACUGCAGGCAUAAAUGAAAGUAAAAUUCCUGUGGUGCGCUCCAGUGCAGUGUUAAUUGAUGCGAGCGUCAGCAAUGCAGCGGCGUCAAGCAGCGGGGGUGGUAUUGGUUCAUCAGCUACCAUACCACCCUCACGAAGUGCUAGUUCACGCGCUCCGCAUCAUCAUAUGACGUUACGCGGACGCUCGCGAAUACGCUAUCAUCGAGCAGGCGCGGCAGCUGCUACUGCGACGAUGGUGGAGCCACCAUGCACGACUGUGACAGCGCGUUACUAUCGUGAUGUAUCAGCCAUACCAUCGGCUGCUGCCUCACCUUUGGAUGCUGGUGGUGGUGGUGGCGGCGGCGCAGGUAGUACACGUUCGGUUUCGGCAACGCUUGAUUUAAACUCAAAUCCAUUACAAGAUACGGCUGGCAGUUCGGCUACCUUCUUGCAUAGUAAAGUCUCACAGUCGACCUCUCUGCCUAAAUCUCACAUGUUUUACCAACGUCAUCACUAUCAUCAGCAUCAUGGCAGCAGUCCUAAUAAGAAUAAUAGCAACAGCAACAACAGCAACAAUAAUAAUAAUAACAAUAACAACAACAAUAAUAUUAUGAAUGUUCAAUUAAAUGAAAAUUUACGUUCCACACCGCCUUUAGAUACAAACCGGCUGAGUAACAACAAUAAUUGCGGUCGCAACAGUUUCGAUGCGGUAAUCGCUGCAACAACCACAGGAGCGCGCGUCUCACCUACUGGCAUCCCAACGGGGAUCACUAAACGCAACAAACGUUCGCUAAGCAGCACAAGGCUAGAAAAGGACAAAUGCGAUGAAUACAAUACGAAGCUGUUGCGCAAGGCAGCUGGCAAUAACAAUACAGCGCAGAGCAACAGUAACGCGUGUGCAAGUGGGGGCGCUCCCGGCAAUACAAACACCAACAACAACAACUCUAAUAGCAACAACCAAAACCAGCUCUCCUGCAGCACGGGAAGAGGCGACGUGAGUUGCGAGUCAAGUGGCACUAGUAUCAGACCCUCUGGCGCUGCUGUGAGCGGCGGUGGCUAUCGAACACGUCACCACGUGCCAAGCGCUGCUGCGACCACCAACAGCACAUUGCUUGAGUCAUCUACAGCCUCGUCCGCGUCGUCAGCCUCCACUUCGGGUAUACCAACGCCGACAGCGGCCACCACAGCGCAUGGUUUGUAUUUGCAGCGUGGCAGUGGCGCGCGCUAUGCGGCGGCAGCGGCAUUAGCGGUCGAACGCGAGCGUGAGACAACGCUAAAGCUGCGCAAAAAAAUCAGUUACUGAGUACGGCGCAAGUGAUUUUAUUUUUUACGUUUAUUUAAGUGUAGAACUAUACAAAAAUAUACAUACAUAGAAUUGCACGUGUAAAUAAAUAUAAACAUAAAUAUUUUUACAAAACUUAAUUUACGCUAGAAAUAUGAAUUUAGCGCGUUGCUGUAUGCGACAUGAAUACAUAGAGCAAUGGCCCACUAAAAUAAAGG